CGGUGUGGAAAGGCGCAUGCGCCCUCCCACCGACGAAGAAACGUUUGGCCGAGCGAGAGGAGAUAGGCCGCGUCCGAAGCCGGGGGCUGGCCUAGAUGUCUUCCCCGGAGGAGGCGCAGGUUGCGCCGGCCGCGGAGGGUGACCUGCCCCCGGAGUGGGAGACGGAUGAAGAGCGCAUGGCUUUCCUGUUCUCGGCCUUCAAGCAGAGCCGGGAGGUCAACGCCACUGAGUGGGAUAGCAAGAUGGUCUUCUGGAGCGAGCUGGUGCUGAAGUGGGGGCGGCGCCGGGGAGGGAUCCGCACCUGCCUGCGAGAGCUCCAGCAAGCCUUCGAGCGGCGGGGGAGCGUCCCCCUGGGCCUGGGCACCGUCCUGCGAGAGCUGCUCAGACGUGGCAAAUUGCAGCGGGAAUCUGACUUCAUGACCAGCGUAGACAGCAGCUGGAUCUCCUGGGGCGUCGGGGUCUUCAUUCUGAAGCCACUGAAGUGGACCCUGUCUAGUGUGUUAGGUGACAGCAAAGUGCCAGAGGAGGAGGAAAUUCUGAUCUAUGUGGAGUUACUUCAGGAAAAGGCAGAAGAAGUGUAUCAUCUCUACCAGAAUUCCACGCUUUCUUCACACCCUGUGGUUGGCCUGUCAGAGCUGCGUUCCCUGUGCACUAACAUUUGUUCGGACGAAAGGACGUUCUGUCUGGUGCUGCUGCAGCUGCAGAAGGAGAAAAGGGUCACGGUGCUGGAGCAGAAUGGCAAUAAGAUAAUGAAAUUUGCUCGAGGUCUUCAUUCCAAAGUAUCUCCAGUGAAUGAUGUUGACAUCGGGGUUUAUCAGCUCAUGCAAAGUGAACAGCUGCUGUCUCGGAAAGUGGAGUCCCUGGCACAAGAAGCAGAGAGAUGUAAAGAGGAGGCCCGGAGUGCAUGUAGAGCUGGGAAAAAGCAGCUGGCGCUUAGGUCUUUGAAGUCGAAACGAAGAACAGAAAGACGUAUUGCAGAACUUCACUCCAAGCUGGACGUAGUACAAGGCAUCCUGGACCGGAUCUACGCCUCUCAAACAGAUCAAAUGGUAUUUAAUGCUUACCAGGCUGGAGUUGGAGCUUUGAAGUUAUCCAUGAAAGAUGUCACUGUGGAAAAGGCAGAGAACCUGGUGGAUCAGAUUCAAGAGCUUUGUGACACCCAGGAUGAAGUAGCGCAAACCUUAGCAGGAGUUGGAAUCAAUGGCUUAGUAUCAGAAGCUGAUGCCGAGGAACUGGAAAAGGAGCUGGACACUCUUCUCCUAGACUCCUCAAAAGAUCUUCUGGACCUGCCUUCCGUUCCACAAAAGCCAUUGUUUCCUAAGUCCGUUGUGCUUCCUAGCAUCUCAGAUGCUGAGCUUGAAGCAGAGUUGGAAAAGCUCACUCAUUCAGUUGGAGGAUUGGCACUAAAGACUGACUCAAAGGCCUCUGAGCCCAAAGGAGCUCUGGAACUGGAACAUCUCUAAUGACUCAAUACCACCUUCGUGCUAGGAUGAUGUCUUAAAUUUUGGUGAUUGGAACUACAAAAGUAACUUGUGGAAUGUGGGCUUAUGUCCCCUCCUUGCUAGAUUGCACUUUUGUAAGAGACAGGAUGUACCUGCCAUGACAAUCCAUCAUCUUUCAAACA